AUGUUAACUCGAUUUAUUUCAUCUGUUACACAUAAUCAACGAUUUCUAACAAUAACAUCAUUUCGUCUAUUAAAUACAAGUGUACCAAGAUUAGGUGAUAGUGAUCAUACAAAAUCAAAAGCUAAAGAUAAAGCAGCUGAUGAUUUAAAAUCAGGUCGAGAAAAGAAAUGGACAGAUACUGUUGCUACUGAUAGUGAAGCAGCAGUAAAAGGUGAGAAACAACAUGCUGCUAAACAAGGUGAUUUAAAGAAAGAUAUGACUAACCUUCAACGUGAUACAGUCGAAGCAAUUAAAGAAAAAGAAAAGAAAGGUCAUUUACACAAACAUGAUGUUGGUCGACGAGAUACACAUGAAGAACGAAUUGGUAGUGGCAGUAGUGAUAAGAAAAAACGUUAA